AUACCCAUACCCAAUUCUUCUUUUCUCCCUUAUUCUCUACUCCAAUCUCAACUAUUCAAGAUUCUGUAAAAGUUUAGCUUUUUGGCUGUGAUGGAGAAGUUGAGUUUUGUGAAGAAUGGUGUGCUGAGAUUGCCGCCUGGGUUUCGGUUCCACCCCACGGAUGAGGAGUUGGUGGUUCAGUAUCUCAAGUGUAAGGUUUUGAGCUGUCCCUUGCCGGCUUCUAUCAUUCCCGAGGUUGAUAUCUGCAAAUCUGAUCCCUGGGAUUUGCCAGGUGAUUUGGAGCAGGAGAGGUAUUUCUUUAGCACCAGGGAGGUGAAGUAUCCUAAUGGAAACAGGUCAAACAGAGCCACCAGCUCUGGCUACUGGAAGGCCACUGGUUUGGACAAGCAGAUUGUGAGCUCCAAAGGCCACCGCCAGCUUGUUGGCAUGAAGAAAACUCUGGUUUUCUACAAAGGCAAGCCCCCUCAGGGCACCCGAACCGAUUGGAUCAUGCACGAAUAUCGCCUCACCAAUGCCGAAUCCCUGCCCAACAACCCGCCUCAGGAGAAUUGGGUGUUGUGCCGUAUAUUCUUGAAGAAAAGAGGGGCCAAGAAUGAAGACGAAAACCCCCCGGCUCAGGCUCAGACCCCGACCCAGGCCGAGGCCGUCACCAACAACAGAGGUGCGGGUUUAAAGAACAACAGCAAACCGGUUUUCUACGAUUUCUUGGCGAGGGAGAGGACUGAUUUGAACCUGGCUCCAGCUUCAUCAUCCUCAGGCUCCAGUGGAGUCACAGAGGCUUCUUGUAAUGACAAAACAGAUGAUCAUGAAGAGAGCAGCAGCUGCUGCAAUAGUUUCACCACUUUUAGAACAAAACCUUAGGCUUAGGACUCCCCUUUUUUUCUUAGCUACUAAUUUCCAGAUCAGUAAUGUAACCUUUGCCCCACUCUCUUCCAAGAAAACAAAAAAAACAACCUGAGCAAAACACGGCAUCAAUGGUGGUACUAUGAAGAGCAAAACACAAAAACAAUACAACACUCUUCUUUUGGUUCA